UGAAACUUAAGCUUUAAGUAAGAUGAAAGGAGAUACUCUGGAAAUACAUGUACAAAGUGGAAUUUGAACUGUUAUGUUAUAAGUGUUAACUAUGUAAAUGAUACAAAAUUGUUUUUACUAUGAAGUACCUCAGAUUAUUGAAGAAGAACUUGGAAAUUGGAUGGUUUAGAGAAAAUAAUUAUUGUAAUACAAACAAGUCGACUUUUAAACGUAUAUUGAUCCUCAAUAAAAGAACUAGGUAUGAGCUAGAGAAAGCAUUAUGGCCUGACAUCACAGAGCAUCAACUUGAAGAAAUUAUUAGAAAAAGAGGUUCAGAUGUGGACCGAAUCGUUAAGCGCCACAAUCAGCAUAAUGAUUUUUAUGAGAAGAUUGCAAGCUGUUUUAGAAACCAUGGUGUCGAAGUAGAAACAGUUAAUAGAGCGUCUUAUAGCGAAAAGGAAGUUGAAUGGGCUGAUUUGAUUGUAAUAGCAGGCGGAGACGGAACGUUCCUCCUAGGAGCUAGUCUAAUUCGUGAUAGAAAUAAACCGAUUGUUGGUUUCAACACAAAUCCAGGCUGCUCUGAAGGAUAUCUCUGCCUUCCAAAAAAAUAUUCUUUUGAUGUCGAUACAGCAGUUAAAAAAAUUUUAAAGAAUGACUUUCAUUGGUUGUUAAGGAAUAGAAUUGAAGUUAAAGUGCUUGGACCCAAUGCUUUAGAUGAAGUUUUUAUAAUAGAUUCUACGAAGAAAUCAUGCAUUCCAGAAUACAAAAAAUCAAAAACUAUUGGCCUAAAAAAUGAUUCGGAUGUAUCUUCUAGAGUUUUGCCAUCUCUUGCACUUAAUGAGAUUUUUAUGGGUGAAAAUGUCUCUUCUCAAACUUCAAGUUUGCUAAUUCAUCCAGAAGGAUACGCUAAAACAAUUGUCAAGUGCUCAGGACUUUGUGUCUCGACUGGUACAGGUUCUACCAGUUGGCACAUGUCCAUCAACAGGCUUACUGAAGAAAAGGUUAGGAUGGUAAUGAAACUAUCCGGUCAUCCAGUAAAUGAUAAAGAUGAAAUAUCGAGCAUCACUCAAAAAUACAACUCAUCUCUUAGAUUUUCUCCAGAUGAUAGACGCCUUUACUGGAGCUUGAGGGAGCCUAUUUAUAGUUCCGUGUUCCCAGAUCCACCCGGUUUCCCAGCGGGUGGCUUUUCCGAUUGUGUUUCAGUUGGUUCUCGCUGCUUUUCGGGAUGUUUGGUUGUUGAUGGUACGCAUUGGUAUCCAUUUCAUGAUGGAACUGUGGCUCAACUGUAUUCGAGCCCUGAUAGAUGUCUUAGAACAAUAUUUUUCGAUUGAUCAAAGAGUAUUACCACCUAUCUUUAUUUAAUAUCUGUUGCGUAAUAGUAUUUAAUGCUACGCAAUUACAUUUGUUCUCUACUUUAUACGAAUAAUUGUAAGACACAUUCUUUUUAUCGUAGCAUUCAAAUUUUAAUAUAAUUAAUUAUCUGUUAUGUCAACUCAGUUUACUAAUGGAGUUCUUAAGAACAGAAUUGAGGAAAUCAAACAAACGUAUGAGACUGAAUGGAUUGAAGCCAUGAUAAAUGCCUUAGAAAGAGUAUUACAUCACCUAUUCAUUUAACAUAAAUUAGAGGAAAAAGUAUACAAUGUCACUUGAUGUAGUUUAGUCUAGACUAUAUAAGAAUAUUUUAAUUAUAACAAAUUAUUUUAUCAUAGAUUUUUAAUUUUUAUUGUGAAUAUUUAUUAUUUUAAAAAAUAAAUAUGUAACUAGACUGAAAAUGAUGAAUUAUUAAGAUUUUUAUUUAGUUAUCUGAAAUUGAAAAGCCUGUUUUUUUUUUAUAUAUUAUGAUCAUUGAUAUUUGUUAGUUAUACCCUAUAAUUUCAACAUUUCUCUUUAUAAAUAUACAACUUUAAGAGAAGUAUAUUAAAUUAUAAUCAUCACUGUUUUAAUUUAAUAUGUCUGUAAUUAAAGGCUGAUAAAGUGGGCGUAAGAUUAUUUGUGCCAAUAGAACAAAAAGAAAUCUCUUUUGGAGAUAAUGGCGCUUGUUCAAUUUUGUACAGGCUUGCAAUUAAUUGUAACUAUUUUUUUUCUGAUUUACUGACUGAGCUAUUUUCCUAACUAUUUAUUUACAUGUAAAAUUUUAUUGUUGUAACUUAAAUUCACAAUUUAAAUGUUACUUUUUACUUGUUAUACGAGGUUUAUUAUAUUAUAAUGGUUGUGAUUUUAUUUAAUGUAUA